CCCUCUCGUUCCAGUCGGGGUGGUGCGGCGAGGUGAGCACGGCGGCGGAAUGAUGGCGAAGGGCGGCGCUGGCAGCGGGCUAAUCUGGGCGACGGCGGAGGAUCUGGCGCGGAACCGGCCGGUGGUGCUGUCGCUGUACCGGCAGAUCCUGCGGGCGCUGAACUCGCCGGAGCUGCCGCUGGGGCACGCGGCGCGGCUGGCGAAGAAGGCGGAGUGCCGCGCCAUCUUCAUCUUUGGCGCCGAGGAGAGGUCGCUCCACAACAUCCGGGACCUCCUCGACGCCGCGCGCCACACCCUCGGCAUCCUCAACCGCGGCCGCCUCCCGUAGAGAGGAACGAAGAGUCUCGCAAGUCUAGCCGUUCCCAAUCCCCAUGGGUAUCUCAUCUCCCAUCUUUCUUUAUAGGACCAAUUGUAAGAUUUGGUGCUGCUGCGUGCCGAUAAAUGGCUAAAUUGGUGUCGUCUGCUCUAGUAAGCUGCUGCUCCAUAUGUCGACUUGUUUCUAUGCAGACUGGUGAAAGGAUAUACUGUAACUUGCAAAUUGAAAGAAAGAAGUUUUUCAGUGUGAAACUAUGAAUGUGUUGUAACUUGAGUCAUCGAAUA